UGCAUAGUUCAGCUAGAGCGCCGCGGGCUUGCAGGUCCCGGGAGUAAACUACAGCCCCCAGGGUGCCCCGAGCCUCGCGGGCCGGCGGCGACUGCGCGCGCAGGCCCCCGGGAAUCGUAGUCUCGGUCACGUGCGCGCGGGGCCGCGCUGCACCGACCGGAACUCGCCUUCCCGGCGACCCGUCUAACAGGGCCGGGCGCUGAAGCACGCCUGGCUGGGCGGGGCGCCUCGCGAAGAUGGUGGCGCGCUCGGAGUGUGGCUCCCACCGUCUGCCCAAGUGUCAGCUCGACGCAGCGGCUGGCGUGUCGCCGACCUGGAGCCCCCGGCCGCCCGGGCCCUGACCCUGCGCCCCCGCGCCCGGGUCCCGACAUGCCGCGCGCCCGUAAGGGCAACAGCGCGCCCCGCAAGGGCGGCCAGCACCGCAGAGCGGCUGUCCUUGCACCAACCCCUGCGCUUCCCUCAUCAGCCUCAGCGUUUCCAUGUCAAGAGAGCUGCAGCAUUUUGUGGGCCCGGUGAGGGAACCCAGCAAUGGAGGCAGGCCAGGCUGGAGCAAUAGUAUAGUGGGUGCCCGGAGCAGUACGCAGGCUGACUCAGGUUCCAGUGAAGAUGAGGCCGCCAGCGAGGCCCGCAGCACCACCAGUGACUGCCCCAGCCUUCUGAGCACCACUGGGGAGGACAACCUUGGCGGGGAUGCUGUAGAUGAGCAGGGCCAGCAGGAAGACUUUGAAGAGAAGUUGAAGGAGUAUGUGGACUGCCUUACAGACAAGAGUGCCAAGACCCGGCAAGGUGCUCUUGAGAACCUGCGCCUGGCCCUGGCAUCCCGCCUCCUCCCUGACUUCUUGCUGGAGCGCAGCUUUACACUGGCCGAUGCCUUGGAAAAGUGCCUCAAGAAAGGGAAGGGCGACGAGCAGGCACGGGCGGCUGCUGUGCUGGGCCUGCUCUGUGUGCAGCUGGGCCCUGGACCCAAGGGCGAGGAGUUAUUCCGUAGCCUGCAGCCCCUGCUGGUCUCUGUGCUCAGCGACACUACAGCUAGUCCCGCUGCCCGGCUCCAUUGUGCUUCUGCUCUUGGCUUGGGCUGUUACGUCGCCGCUGCUGAUGUCCAGGACCUGGUUUCUUGCCUCACAUGCUUAGAAGGUGUCUUUAGCCGGUCCUGUGGUGCAGGUGGCCCAGCAGCCCCUGCGGUCCCUGCCGGCCUGCAUGGUCUGCUCUGUGCUGCCCUACAGGCCUGGGCAUUGCUACUGACCAUCUGCCCCAGCACCCACAUCAGCCACAUCCUGGACAGGCAGCUGCCGCAGCUGACCCUGCUCUUGUCCAGCGACAGCGUGACCCUGCGGAUGGCUGCGGGCGAGACCAUCGCUCUCCUCUUUGAGCUCGCCCAGGACCUGGAGGAGGACUUCGUUUAUGAGGACAUGGAGACACUCUGUGAGGCCCUGCGCACUCUCGCCACCGACAGCAACAAGUUCCGGGCCAAGGCCGACCGUCGGCGGCAACGCUCCACCUUCCGCGCCGUGCUACACUUUGUGGAGGGUGGCGAGUGUGAGGAAGAGACGGUCCGUUUUGGGCUCGAGGUGCUCUAUGUGGACAGCUGGGCGCGGCGCCGGGUCUACGCCGCCUUCAAGGACGUGCUGGGUUCUGGCUUGCAUUAUCACCUGCAGAACAAUGAGCUCCUGCGGGACAUCUUCGGCCUGGGCCCCGUGCUGGUGCUGGACCCCGCUGCUCUCAGAGCCUGCAAGGCCUCACGCUUCGAGAAGCACCUGUACAAUGCCGCUGCCUUCAAAGCCAGGACCAAGGCACGUAGCCGUGUGAGGGACAAGCGGGCAGAUGUCCUGUGAGGCGCGGCCCGCAAGACUGUCGGCGCCCUCAGCUGCAUUCGUAACAGAAGACAGUGCCACAGCUGGUCUCUGCUGUGAAUUGUUUUAUAUUUUUAAUAACAAAACAAAAACAAAAAACCAGGGGGGUAGAGGCCAGCUCAUGGGGGCUCUGACCCUUUGCCUCUGCACUCAGCCGCAAGGCCCCUUCCUGCUCCUCCCAUUGACGUGGCACUGGCAGUGGGGCACUUUCCCUUUCCUUUCUCAGGUCUUCUCCCCUGGGAUGAAUCAUUUCCUUGGGGCUUCAGCGUUUUGGACACAUGCCAUAUUGGGGAGGUGAGACUACUGGAAUGAAUUUAUGUGCUGAUUUGUAGCUUAUUAGAGAUCAUUAAACGGAGUGCUCUGCUUUGAAGA